AUGACAAACCCAGAAGAGGGAAAUCAUACUGUCACAGAAUUCAUCCUCCUGGGAUUCGGGACUCUUCCUGAACUGCGAAUCCUGUUUUUCCUGCUCUUUCUCUUGAUCUACACUGCAACUGUGGCUGAGAACAUCCUCAUCAUUGUGUUAGUUGUGGCUGAUCAGCACUUUCACACCCCCAUGUACUUCUUCCUGGGAAACAUGUCCUGCUUGGAGACCUGCUACACCUCCGCCACCCUGCCCAGCAUGCUGGCCACUCUCCUCACUGAGGACACAACUAUUUCAUUUACUGGGUGUCUCACACAAUAUUAUUUCUUUUGUUCUCUGGUUGCCACAGAAUGCCUUCUCUUGUCGGUGAUGUCUUAUGAUCGGUAUGUAGCGAUAUGCAAUCCAAUGCACUAUACAGCCCGUAUGAGUGGUAGGUUACACCUCCAGCUUGCAGGUGGCUCUUGGACAGGUGGCUUCCUAUGUGGUGGCGUAAUAACAUUGUCAAUAUCACAGUUAACCUUCUGUGGUCCCAAUGGUAUUGAUCAUUUCUUUUGUGAUCUUAUCCCCCUGAUAAAUCUCUCUUGUAAUGAUCCUCAGAUGAUGGAAAUGUUGAUUUUCACACUCAGCUUGAUUUUCUUAUUGGUCCCAUUCCUGCUUACCUUGAUGUCCUACAUCUGCAUCAUCGCCACCAUCCUCAGAAUCCCGUCCACCACCGGGAGGCAAAAGGCCUUUUCCACCUGCUCCUCCCACCUCAUUGUGGUGACCAUUUAUUUUGGAUCGUUGCUAAUAGUCUACAUGUUCCCAACCACUGACAUCCUCAGGGACUUCAAGAAAGUUCUCUCUGUUGUCUAUGCUGUCCUGACUCCCCUGGUAAAUCCCCUCAUUUACAGUCUGCGAAACAAAGAGGUGAAGGAAGCCCUGAGGAAAGCUUGCAGGAAAUUUGUAUUUGGACAAUGCUAA